CCUUCCCUUUACGUUCCCCAAUUCUCAUCUUCUCAUUGGCCAUCUUCCAAGUCAGUCUCCCCAUCUUCUGACCUCAGCCCACAGGAAUGUCCCCCCUCCCGUCCCAUCUCCUAGGGGAUAUUAUCUACAGAGAAAAUAAGUAGGUGAAAAGUCAAGCCUCGUUUCCUCCUUUUUAUGGCAGCAUCAGAAUGCUGACAGUUUGUUGGCUAAGAAACAAGUCUUAUAUUUAAGUCUUAUAUUUAAUUGGCUUACUCCCUAAUUAAAUUGCAUAAUAUUUGCCUUUAAGGUUGCAAAUUGAAAAUCACUAAUAACAUUACCCUUUUAAAUUUAACCACAUUUUGUUAUUUUUAUCAACAAACGUUUUCCACCACUGUUACUAAUAAUGUUAUGUAAUGAUAUCUGGUAAAGAUCUUGGGAGAGAGGGCAAAAAGCACGGAAACUGCUUUGGUCACACUGAUGGAUGAUCUCUGGCGAGCCCGAGAUGGGGGUCAUUCCUCCAUCUUGGUGCUACUUGACCUCUCAGCGGCUUUCGAUACCAUUGACCAUGGUAUCCUUCUGGGACGACUAAGGGAGUUGGGAGUGGGAGGCACCGUGUUAUGGUGGUUCUUCUCCUAUCUCUCUGGUUGGUCACAGUCGGUGUUGGUAGGAGGACAGAGGUCGACCCCUAGACCCAUCAUUUGCGGGAUGCCUCAGGGCUCGGUCCUCUGUCCCCUUCUAUUUAACAUCUACAUGAAGCCACUGGGUGAGAUCAUCCGACAACACGGGGUGAGAUAUUAACAGUACACUGAUGAUACCCAGCUGUAUAUCUCUACCCCGCGUCAAUUCAGUGAUGCAGUAGAUGUGAUGUGCCGGUGCCUGGAGGCUGUGAGGGUCUGGAUGGGAGUCAACAGGCUCAGACUUAAGCCAGACAAGACCGAGUGGCUGUAGGUACUGCCUCCUAAAGACUAUGUUGAUUGUCCAUCCUUGGUUCUGGGGGGGUGGAGAAAUUGUCCCCCUCAGAAUGGACUUGCAAUUUGGGUGUCCUCCUAGACUCACAGCUAAGAUUAGAGCAACAUCUGACAGCUGUGGCUAGAGGGACCUUUGCACAAGUUCGCCUGGUGCACCAAUUGCGACCCUACUUGGAUCCGGAGGCUCUCCUCACAGUCAUUCAUGCCCUUGUCACCUCACGGUUAGAUUAUUGCAACACGCUCUACCUGGGGCUACCCUUGAAAAGUGUUCAGAGACUACAGUUGGUCCAGAAUGCAGCCGCGCGAGCUAUCGUGGGUGCACCUAGAUACACCCACAUUACACCAAUUCUCCGCGAGCUCCACUGGCUCCUUAUUGGUCUCCGGGCACAAUUCAAGGUGUUGGUUAUUACCUUUAAAACCUACAUAGCUCAGGGCCAGGUUAUCUUCGAGACCGCCUUCUACCACAUAGCUCCCAGCGACUGGUAAGAUCCCACAGAGUUGGUCUCCUCCGGGUCCCGUCAGCUAAACAAUGCCGGCUGGCGGGCCCACGGGGGAGGGCCUUCUCUGUGGCUGCCCCAGCUCUCUGGAACCAGUUACCUCCUGAGGUCCGGAUCCCCCCCCCAUCCUAUUGGCCUUCCGAAAAGCGGUGAAGACUUGGCUUUUCCAGCAGGCCUGGGGCCGUUGAUCUCGCUGUUGCAAUCUUGUGAGAUCCAGCCAUGAAUGGUGUGAAUGGGUUUUAAUGUUUUAAUUUUUAAAUGUUUUUAUAAUGAUUUUUUUUUUUAAAUGCAUUGUAAGCCGCCCUGAGUCUCCGGAGAAGGGUGGCAUAUAAAUUGAAUUAAUAAAUAAAUAAUAAAUAAUAGAGAUGCUGCCUAGGGAAUGGUCAGAUAAAAGGCAUCGUAAUCUGCGCCGGUAGGAUGGGGAAAGAGGCUCAGAAGAGACCCUCCCUAUUUCUAGGGGGUAAAGGAGGUGGGAGGAGAACUGUAUUUUCAAACUUGCAAGGUUCUGUUAAUGUAGUCUAACAAUAAAGUAGAAUUAGUUGAUCUGGUUGUGUUUUCUGUUUAUCUGGUAAGGUUGAUAUAUUAACACAAAUCGAGGAUGCUGUAAAGUUCCCGUUUACUAAUGUAUGUUAACUGCAUUUGUAGUUAUUUUAUACAGGUAGUCCUCAACUUACAACAGUUUAGUUAGUAACUGUUCCAAGUUACAGCAGCACUGAAAAAGUGAUUUAUGACUGUUUUUUACACUUACAACCAUUGCAGCAUCCCCAUAGUCCUGUGAUCAAAAUUCAGACGCUUGGCAACUGACUCAUAUUUAUGACAGUUGCAGUGUCCUAGGGUCAUGUAAUCACCUUUUGCGAUCUUCUCACAAGCAAAGUCAGUAGGGAAGCUAGAUUCACUUAACAACCAUGUUAUUAACUUAAGAACUGCAGUGAUUCACAUAACAACUGUGGCAAGAAAGCUCAUAAAAUGGGGCAAAAUUCACGUAACUGUCUCACUUAAGCAACGUAAAUUUGGGGGGGAGGGGGUCAAUUGCAGUCAUAAGUCAAGGACCAACUGUAUUUAUUUGAUAUAAAUAAUAUUUGACCAUUUACUGGAUAAUCAUUCUAAGUCAAGAGUGUUUCUAUUAGCAGAAUCAGGAAGAAGAAAUUUCUUUCUCCUGCAGCCUGACCCCCCCCUCCACCUGCUACAUAUCAGAUUUCUCUGGAGGAUGGGAAAAACUGUUCCAGUAGCAAAAGGUGGGUGAAGAAGAUUCUUAUCAGCUCCAUGCCAAACUCAGGAUGCCUCAGUUUCUAGGCGGCCCGGCCUAGAUUUCCCAUCAGGAGGCUCUUCUCUUCCUGGGAGAGAAGAAAGAUGGUUUCCCCUGUCCUGAAGAGACUUCAAGCGGCUACAAAGAAAAUUUCUUUCAAGCUACAGUUUCUUAUUUAUCUUCUUUUGUUGGUCCUGGCUUGUUUGAUCACAAUCAUCCUCUUGAAUUAUGUUAUCACAUUUAUUACGAAGGAAAGUUUUUUGGAAUUGCCUGAUAUAAAUUGCCAUAAGAAUCCUCCAUUCCUAGUAAUAUUGGUAUCAUCAGAACUUGGUGAGAGAAAGGCCCGGAUGAUAAUUCGUAAAACAUGGGGAAAGAAAAGAAUAUUAGCUGACAAACUGAUUGUAACAUUUUUUCUCUUGGGAAAUCAUUUCUGGCCAUAUAAAUCAUUUAAUGUGACGAUGGAAAGCUUACAUUAUAAAGAUAUAAUCCAAAAGAAUUUUAUAGAUUCAUACAAUAAUUUAACAUUAAAGACUUUAAUGGGCUUUGAAUGGAUUCAUAAAUUCUGUCCACAAACUACUUUUGUAAUGAAAACUGAUUCUGAUAUGUUUGUGAAUGUCUAUUAUCUGAUAGAACUUCUUCGGAAACGAAAGAGUACUAGCCAGUUAUAUACAGGUUCUAUAAAAAUUAAUGAAAAGCCAAUAAGAAAUCCAGACAUAAAGUGGUAUAUAAGUGAAGAGGAAUAUCCAGAAAAAGUUUACCCUCCCUUUUGUUCAGGAACUGGUUAUGUUCUCUCCUCUGAUGUUGCUAGUCAAGUUUAUAUAGUUUCAAAACACAUCACUGUUCUUAAAUUGGAAGAUGUUUUUAUAGGUAUGUGUGUUGCAAAACUUAAAAUCCAACCUGAAAAACUUCAUUCAGAACCUGUCUUUUUUCCAGAAAAAGUUGUUUUUUCUCUUUGUCACUACAUGAAAAUUGUUACAAGCCAUUUUACUACUCCUAGUCAAAUCCUUAUUUAUUGGACUGCACUGGAAAGAUAUAUGGAUGAAAAAUGUUCAAAUGUUCAAAAACCUUUACAACUAGUGUACGGGAAUUAUGAUGGGUAAACUUGAUUAGAAGCAUACUGAAAUUCACUUGUACUAUGGUUCUGUUGGGGUCUGUUUAGAAAUCAAUCCCAUUGAGAUCAUUUGGAUUGCCACCUGCUUAAAUGUCUAUAGUUUUGUAACUUUUCUGCAUGUAACAUAGGUUCAUUUACUAUAAAGAUUAUAAACUGUGUUCUAUAUUUAUUUAAAUAGCCCCAUUGCUGUGUACACAGAAAAGUUUUCUCUUUUAAGCAUUUUGAAAUUUUCCAGUAGAAAGAUAAUUUAAAGGUUUUUUCAAUGAAACUUGUGAAGAAAAAUGCCAGGUAUUGUUAAUUCAAGGGGAUCAGCAAAUGUAGAGAUUACCAACAUUUUAGUAGAAAACAAAUAGAUGCUGAAGUUGUAUAAGAUGAUACAGAAAAUGAAAAUUAGUAUUUUGCAAGAAAUUGUGUUCAAAAAAUUAUAACCAAGAUUUCAUAAAAGCACUGUUGUCCCAUGUUUGUCAAGUUCUACAUUUUGUGUUAUUAUAAUAUGCUUCUGUAGAACUUACAAAAAAAUCAAAUAAACCAAUAAAUAUUUAUUUAUAAACAGUGA